AUGGUCCCUGCAAACACUUCCCACCUGGACCAUCCCAAGAAGAUCCAGCAAGCGGCGAACCCACGAGGGAACAUCAAGUCUCCCGAUAUGGCUGACAGCAGGGACAGAGGCAAGUCCAGCACAUCACGGCUGCAGCCCAAGAGAAUCCACUCAGAAAUGGAGAUAGACUGUACCUGGAAACCCGCUGCGCUUGGUUUGCCGGACACAUAUUUUCUGCCACACAGAAAUAGCAGAGCAGACAUUGGACGGUGCUGGGACUUCUCCUGACUGUGCAGCCUCGGGGUCUCCAAAAAGAGGACGCUUUCCAUGAGGGGAAGAGACUGCAGCCACGAGUGCCGGGUAUGAAGAGUGACGGUGGUGGGCCUCUCAACAAACGCUAAACACAUCUCAAGCCAGCUGCACAAAGAUAAUGUUGAUGCCCAGAAGAAAGAAGAAGAAAAAGAUGAUGACGAGGAAGAAUACUUUGACAAGGAACUUGUCCAGUUAAUUAACCAAAGGAGAGAACAAAACCGACCCGAUGAUAACUGCUGUACAUCCAAAGAACAAGAAAAAGACCGAUACCAGAGGAGAAGAGAGGACCAUCUUUUGUUUAAGGAAGGGGGGCCCCAAGAUUGGCACUGUGGGGCUGGCAGUGGCAAAGUGAAGGACAAUUCUAGGCAGGGUAAUUACCAGCAUCCUGCACUAAACGUAAACCAUAGGCAUCUUCCUGAUUCUAGAGGCCGACCUGACUGGCAUUUAAACAGUCCAUCAAACCGUCAUCAGACCCAUGGUGGAGGCUCACGGCACUCAAAUCCAGGAGGUCCUACUAGUUGGCACUAG